ACUACUAUACUAUAAUUGUAUUGUAGCAUUAUUAUUGCCAUCGUGCCCGAACUGAACAGCUAAAUUCUAAGGCGGGAAGAGAGAUGGUCUCGCUAAUUCGCUCAAAAGCUCGGUCAGUAGUCUCAUCAAUGGCAGCUUACGGAUCAUCUCCGACCCCAUAUCCGCUCUCGCGCUUCUCUGCCCUCCCUAACCCCUUCUCUGGUUUUCCAAGAAUUUGGGUUGCUUCAAACCAGAUUAGAUUGGCUGAAGUUAAGGACACCCAGUUAGGAGUAGAAGAAGAAUUUACUAGCUUUAAAGAGCAACAAUAUGUGCCCAAAUCUGGUGCUGGGAUGAACAUGUUUGAUGAAUUAAAGCAGAGAUUUCUGAGUUUUAAAAAGCACAAAUACCUGUGAGUGUCUUGAUUUCAAGAAUUUGUAUAGAUUUUUCU